GGCACCAAGGGCCACUCCGUGUUAAAGCGAAGGACACACAGCAUGCCGGUGAGACGGCAACAACCCGUCUUUGUCCCCAGGGCCAGCUACGCAUACAAGCCCUCACGCCAUGACUACGGCAUCGAUGACAGCAUCAACAGAGUCGAAUACUUUUCGAAUGCCGUCCUGGAGGACAAUUACGAUGCCGCGGCCAAGUCCAGAGGGAGGGAUUAUGAGCUGCUGAGAAACGCCAACGCGGCCAUCCGUCCGUCCAGCCGAUCACCGUCUCGCUCGGGUGAAACUCGGACUGGCCGUCAAUCCAAACGCUUCCGGUCACUCCCACCGGUAGAAGUGCGGUCUCCCUCGCCUCCCCGGGCCGUGGUGCCCUACAGAAAGCAGGAGAAGCUGCUUCGGUCCAACUUGCCGUUAGCUCCGUCGCCCAAUUCUCUCCUGUCUAGCCGGAUCAACACUUACCUGAGGGGUUCCUCCAUGCCCCCAGCGGCCCCGCUCUCCGGCAACACCCGCGCUUCUUCAAUCUCGUACAAAUCUUUCCUCAAGGAUCCGCCCACAGCGUCAGGUUCGAACGACAUGCGGUCCACCGUGUCCUAUAGGUCCUAUCUCUCCGAUCCGUCCGUGCUCAGCCCUUUGUCCACAAGGAGCAGCUCCAAAGUCUACCGAGGUUACGUCCCCUCUAGCCUUACAUACUCUCAGAAGUACCCGUCGUCUUACCGAACCCGCUAUGAUGACGACGACGAUAAUGAUUACGUCGAUGACGAUGGAGAGGAAUACGAGCCUGGAUCUUACAGAAGGAAGUACAAGAUCUUGAGAGGACCGGCUGCUCUAACCUAUUCGAAGCAUGGCGCUGAGGAUGAAGACGAAGAAGACGAGCCUUACUAUGAGACAGCAAGCGAGUAUGGUACGUAUUCUUCUCCGAGACCCUCUGGUGUGUCUGCCCUCAAGUUGAGCUCCUACGACGCCCCAUAUGACGGCUCGUAUGAUGCUGAUAUGGCUGAAAUGUACGACUACGUUCCCUUUGGCCCCUCCCGACAGGGAAUCCUCGAGUUGACGUCGGACGACACACCCAGCAUCCGCCCCCUUCCUUCCUUAACCACGCCCUCUGUAACUCACAGAUCCUCGCCCUACCCUGAAGAUCCCCUUCCCAGUGUGUCCCUUGUCCCAUCCUACACUAAGAACCUGGAUGACUCCCUAACAAAGCCAUCUUACGCCGACAACUCCAUGAUAGAUUCGAUUGUUUCCAGUACUGCGGCACGUGCAAAGGCAGUCAUGGCCGAGUCAAAUCUCCCAUCCUACAAAAACGCCAGCUUGGUUUUAAGUGUUGAAGGAAGCGCAGUCUCUCCAGAUGGGAAGAAUAGGUAUGGUUUCCGCUACUACCCCCCACCCAUCCCCUUAAAGGGUUCCACCAUAGGCUUAGAUGAGAGAAUUCUGGGCAUAACCCCCAAGCCAACCACCCCGGCGGAUUCUUUUCUGGGCAAGUACCUGGACCGCCUGCGCGAUGUGCGCUCAGACAUUAGGGACCAUGUAGACAAGGGCGACUAUCGGCCAGCCAGCCGCAGUAGUAGCGUCGUCCCCAGUCGAAGCCCCUCCUCAUAUGUUCACCGCACCAUUCACAUGCCGCUUAACAUCGCAGGCCGAGAAAACAGCGUGCCCGUCUCCUCCUACCGGUCGCGUUUGGACGACGGCCAGUCUCACAGAGUGGAUGUGUACCCACUGGUGGUGAGUGAGACCAGCGUGCCCGCUGGCCGAAGCUUCCACCUGCCCGUCUACCAGGCCCGAGGCAGCGGUCGCGGCGGAGGCGGAGACACCCCCAACAGGCUUACCGUGCUAGAGAAAAUUAAUAUCAAGGCCGCCAUUAUCGGAAGCCGAAUGGAGGCUGGGGAUGGAGCCAAGAAGGUCAAGCGACCCCGAUCGCAGUUUGCGGCCGACAAGCUGCGCGAGUUUAAGAUUCAGGACAUCGAGGAGGGGGUUUACUAUCGUCCAGCCAAUGCAUCUGGUUCCCUCCGUGCAUCUCGACCCCCAUUGCCAAAACAAUCGGACAGAAAGGCAAUCAGAGACGUAGACGGUUUCACAAAACCUAGGAACGUCUAUUCCUGGCAGUACCGCGUGGAGUCCCGGCUCAGCCCUGACGAUCUUAUCUACCAGCCCUCUAGUUAUAUCCGACUCAGAGAACAGGUGCGGGACGUGCAAGAAAAGAUGGACCGCCAACGUCAACUGCUUGAUCGCUACCUUGACACUGAUAAUAUGUCAACAAGCACCUAUCGCAAGAGCGAAGGAGGCAGUUCGGUAAAAAUACCUGCUUAUUAUGCUGCCGGUGGAGAUCCUGAUAACAGACCCGUGUCAGACCUUCGUCGUAAACUAAGAAGGACGAUCGCCAAGGCGAAGAACAACCCGGACUACUACCGAGAGUAGCUCGUCAAGGGAAUUUACUCCAUGGCCACAGACACGGGAGGAGACGCUACAAGUAAGGCGUAAGAGGCUCUGGGCUCCAGCUUGAUACACCUGACAGUUCUCGCCGGCACAUCUGCUUGAUUCGCCCCUGUGUGUGUGUACGCGUGUGUCUGCUUCGGCUUUCUACCUACACAGUCGCCAACAGUUACAUGGUGGGGUUUUUUUUGGCUCGGACAUUGAACGGAAUGCCAACACGCCAGUGGAAUCUGGGGUCUCGAUCGAAAUUUUCAAUUGGGCGAAGCCGUUCAUCUUUUGUUUUGUGACCACUCGUACGAGCUUGACUGUUGGUGACGUAAAUGCACAAGGUCAUUGGUAUUUUUGCCCCAGAUAUAUAUGAUCCAUAAUCCAAUGCGUGGAUGCAUGCAAGAUGGCGAGGAAUAUUCAUUACUCUAACACAUUUUGAGGCCCAAGAGAAUCUUAGAGAGGAAAGAUGGAUUGCCAUGUUAUAGCUUGUUGGAAUAUGGCAUUAAAGUAUAGUCUUGCAUUUUGCUUUGACAAGAACUGUCAAGCUGUGUUUUUAUCAUUAUAUACGUUGAGAGUUGUUUUUGGGGUUUAAAAGAAAUAUAUAUGUACACUGUAUAUGAUACUGUUCUUCCCACAAAGUACCACUACACCUUUGUCCUGUUUGUUCUUUUUAACUUUUCGAUUCAUUUACAGUCUUUGAGACUCUCUUUCUGUUAUUUCGGCUAUUUGCCUUUACAUUUUAAAUUAAAACUCAAAGUGAUUCCUACCUCUCUGAGCUCCGUUUCAUGACAAAAUAUAUGGUAAUCUCACUCUUCUAUGAUUGAUGUUUGAGUUUCUGAUGAAGUUAUUUAAUUUGUCAUUUCGCAGUCUGCCCAGUGUAUAUGCGCAAACCACUUCUUUGUCCUUGUCAUCAAGUGUACAAAGGGGUGUUUGUUUCCUAAUGACAAUGAUAAGAUUCAAGGAAUAAACACAAUCACAUAUCGUCUACUUGCGAACUUCCUCCUGUGUUUGCGGCCUUAGUGUAUAGUUAUUUUAAUUUAAGAUAUUCAUUUGUUAAAUAAAUGUACAUAACACUCAUUACGAAACUACUAAGGCUGUGAAAGAGACUUGUGGCGUUUAUUUUUUUUCUUUCUUAUUUUAGAUAUAUUUUUAGGAUAAUCCUGUACUUUUUUUUUACUUCUGUUCCUUACCCAAACCAGCUUAUAAAUUCCUGAAAGAUAAGAAAUGAUACAUGAUGACCAUUACUUUAUCUGUUCAGUGUCGCUGUUCAUGCAUGUUUGAAUUAUUUGGAAGCAAUUGAAGACAAGAGAAAAUAGAAAAAUGUAUGCUUUAACCUCAUGCUGCCCGUACAUGUUUGAAUUUAAAGUAUUAUAAGAAAAAUUAUUACUGAUAUUUUUGAAUUUGUCAUAUUAUCAUCAAUAUUAUUUUUAUUUAUUUAGAGCAUCGAAUUCUAGUUUAAACUUAUUUGUUUAUUUUCUGUACAUCCGUCCAUUUUGGUGUUUACAUGCAGUGUGUCUGUCAUUAUUUGCUUUAAAUGAAAUCAUCAUAAAAAACUCUGUACAUUUUGUUCAUAAAAACGACAGAGAUGUAAAGAAUUAGUUGCUUUGUUGGUUUGGAGUUGGGUGCUAUAUUUUUUUCUUCUUCUUUCAUCUAAAUAAAAUAAUACUCUAGCCUCGCUUUCAUUUUAUUGUGAAGUCAGCGAUAAGAUGACGACAAUAUUUGGUAGCGUCCCAUUUAAUUAUUUUUUUCUGUCCACUCUGAAGCCGUUCCGCGUACUCUGAGUUUAUACACUAGGAAAAUAAAAAAAUUGCACCAUCUGCAACAAAGAA